UACGAGCGUUACCUUACUGGGUCAGUGUUAUUGGGCGCGUGUCAAAACAAAAAAAUGACAGCUGCCCCGGCGGUCAAAGUGCUACGGCAGUAACAGAGCAAGAGAGGCCCCCACAUUCCAGCCCCGAAAAGCAGCAAAAGAAGUGUUUUCCGUGUUGUCGAAGCGGACGAAACGAAUCAGCAGCAUUCAGCACGGCGUUCCGGCGGCAUGAAGGUGCCACAUGUGCCAAGCGAACCUCGAAUCUCAGCGAGCAGUUUUGAUAUGCUUAAUGUCACCGGCAAACAGCAAGUGUGCCGUUAGAAGCGUAGUGCAACCAAUCCACAGCCACAUGCCACAGUCUCAACGAUAGGGAAAGUGACAGCUGCAAAACAGUACCCUUAGUUCCCUGCGAGGGUCCUGCGCUUGGUGAAAGAGACUGCGUUCUGUGAAACCGUACCUCGAAUCGAACCGAACCGAACCGAAAAUGUAUCCCCCAAUCCUAGUGCUGCUGCUGGCGUUAGUGUCCAUCUGCAACCAGACGUCGGCUUUGGAGCUGCAGGAGGACGUGGAUGGGCGUGAAAGUUACGAUUAUUCUAGUCCCUACGCCGGCACCGGGUCACUGCUCGGGUACGGCAGCACCGGCGCGAUGGAAGAGCCAGUAACUGGUGUCACGGUGGGCGCACCGGAACUGCAGGCUCCGGCCGUGCUGCUGGCUACCGUCUACUAUCAACACCCGCCGAAGGAACUGCCGGAAGAUUACGCCGCGCCAGUGGCGGUGCGCGGUAGCAGUAGUGAAGAGGAACGUGUCAACGGUGCUGGUGUCAGUUUCAACAGCUCGGAAGUGACCGGUGACGAUCUGUACCUUACCACCAGCGCGGUGGAGGGUGCGGUGUUUACGGAACGGAACGACAGCGCAGAACACCAACCGGAAGAGACCCGCUUGACGCCCGCGGACCACGAGGCACGGGCCAGUGUUCCGCUCGCGUUUCUCAGCGAUCGCCCAAACGACGAUGCUUCGGCAUCCGACGAUCGUUCGCACCACCGGCCAUCGCAAGAGGAACCAAUGCUGGGCAGUCGGUCAUUGGAACAUCACCACCACUCGCACGAAGCGCCCUCCGAGGCCACCAACUUCCUGUACAGUGGCACCAGCGACGACCAUCACCACCACGGGCAGGUGGCCAACGAAAGCUCGGAACAGUUGGGCAGCGACGUGUCCCGGCGGUUCGAUUCGUCCGAUGCGAGCGACGACGAGAACAGUGUGGAAGACGACUCGCAGGAAGAGGAAACGCUAGCGAUCGCCACGACGACCGGAUCCUCGUUCGGGGCGGAACUAGAGCCUCCUGUAGCCGGGGGAAGCGGCCCGCAUAAGCCGUCGCCCUACCCGUCGAUCGAUGAUAGUAAAAUCUCCAAAACCGAGCUCCUGGCGAGGCUGAUCGGUGACAGGAACUUGCGGAUGCCGAUCGCGUUCCUCGUCGACGCUUCGAACGAUUCGCUUGCCUUCACGAAGCGGGUGCUCGACGUGUCGCUCGUCCCCAAGACGCCCCUGGACGCCAUUCUAAUGAGCUACAACGGAACCGGUGUCUCCAACUCGAAUGCUUUCCGCAACACCAAGAGUCUGAUGGACGCGGUUAACUCGCUGAAACCGAUCUAUAAUCGGGGCGGUAGCGAGUACAGCGGGAUUUGUCGUACCUCUCAGGAAGUCCCGUACGACAGUGCCAUCUUCCUGGCCACGAGUAAGGCGACAUCCGAUCCACAACAGGCCCGCACGGCGGCCAUCGCGUUGCUCAAAAAGCGAAUUCGGCUGUACAUCAUUUGGUUCGGCGAUGAAAUGGACACCAGCCAACGGUUGGACAACCAAACGGCCCUUCACGAGCUGGCCUACAAGACUGGUGGCCGCGUGAUACACUUUGACAUUGACCGGUACUUUGGCAACAAUCCACUUUUGACUACGCUUACGUUCGCUCGAGAUCUGCACGGUAGCCAAUCGAUUCCCAUCAGCGUCGGCGAAGACGUGAGCAGUUUGUACUUCAAAAUGCGCGGCCAUCUGGACAAAGCCACCCUGGAAGCUCCACACGGUUCCAUCGUUGUGCUGGAUUUGUUACGCAAAGGUACGCAACAUAAGUGCAAAUGGCUAGAACGGGGCGGUAGUCCAUCACCCGUCGGUCAACCAACGGAAUCAACCGCACUCGCCCAUCGGCUACCAAUUUACUUGUGCCACCUGAACGUAACCCUCGGACCGGGUGUCUAUCGGUUGAACAUAUCAUCGAACGAUCCCACGGGCUACAGUGUGGCCGUGAAAACACCAGAAGCCAUUUGGCUCGGCAUCGUUCCAUACGAUGUCGAACCUGACCCAGCUAUGGCGCACGGAUGGGAGCACGAAGGAACGGAACUGCUCAGCAACAAUUUAGGUGGAGAGACCCAUCUUCAGCGCAGUUCCGGUGGAAGUUCGAAACUACCGCGAUCAAGUGGUGAAGAGCACCGCUUCGCUCGGCAAACCGAGCUAACGGACGAGGACAGCGGCAUCAUCAGUGGGCGCGCUUCAAUACAGGCGAUCACGAAAGUGGAUGUCGGUGUCAACUCGCAGCUGAUCGGUUCUCGAGGCCAAACGUUGCAGCUGUACUUCGAGGUGACCAACUACCGCCAGACACCGAUCACAUAUUUUUUCCGCGUUACAGACGAACUGGCAUUUCUGCGCUCACUCAAUCCCGGACAAGCAACACUGAGCCCCGGUCAAUCGAUUAACGUGAUCGUCACGCUGGUCGUAGCACCGGCGGCCGAAAUCGGGAGCCGCGAUAAAGUUACUUUCUCCACAACUGGCGUCGAUCAGGUAUCGCAGUCGGCCUGGGUGACCGUUUCGGAUUCGGCAGGCCUGGCGGACACAACCCGUCCGUCGCUGUGGUACACCUACUCGAGCCGUUGCGAGUAUCGCUCCACGCCGGCCACCUGUACCGGAGCGUUCUGGACGCUGGAGGUGAUGGCUCGUGACUACGAAACGGGUCUGAUGCGCAUCUCCUCGAGUCCGGCGGGGCUACUCUACAAAACGCCCUUCACGGCCGGUACGCGAGAUGAGGUGCGUGCCAGUUACACCGCUUCCUGCUGUCAACCGCGUGUUACCGUGACGGCGUACGAUGUCAGCCGGAACGUUCGCAGUCUCAAUCUAGAUGUGACCGACAUAUGGCUCAACGAGGCGGGCAUCGCGGCCGUAGUGCUCGGAGUAUUACUCUUCAUUGCCCUAGUCAUUCUACUGGUCCUGCUCGUGCGAUACUGCAUCCGAAAGCGACGGCAAUCGAAAGAGUUGCCGAUUUAUCGAGGCGCCGAACCGCUCAGUACGCGACGCACCAAGUGAUGGGAAACCACCCCUUAGCAAACCGGCAUAUCUCAAGAAAGUGUUGUCCACCUUUCGUCCUCGUGUUUUGUUUUGUAAGUUUUCCUCGAGUUAGAUUUCACUAUUGUUAUGCGUUUCCUCGCCGUAGAUUAAGCAAGUUGUACGCUAGGCAGGGCUACUGCGAUUAGCCCCAAUAAUGAGCUCGU